AUGCCUAGGUCCCCACUAGAGGGAUUCUUCAAGGGCGUCAAGCUGGCCUAUGAGAGUGGUAAAGAUGCCUACAAGAAGCCCUUUCACGACCUCAUCACCAAGAAGCAUUGUUGGAUUCUCUUCGAACCGGAAUUCCUCAACUUGUCGGAGGGUGUUCCAAAGUUCUUGCGUUGGCAGCUGGAACAGGUUCAGACGAAGGUGGAUGACAAGGACUACCACCCGGAUCCCCCCCUCAAGUGCCAGAAAUGCAAACAGACACUAUUCAUAGCUCCUACCCCUCACGCACGGGGAGGCUACGGCGGCAAUCAAUUCUACUUCGAGCAUGUCGAGGAGGACAAUAAUGCCCAGCUUAUCGGUACAUGCAAUUCGUGCAUCAACUCAGCUCCUUCCGGAUGA